CAUAGAUCAUAACACACGUUUGGGUCAAGUGCGCGUAAUGGAGAGGUCCGUCAGAUCCGUGCUGGUGUUCGUGGCUGUUUCCAUCCUCAUCUCCUGCCAACCUACAGACGCCUGGUACAAGCAGUCGACCGGUCCGAGCUAUUAUUCCGUAGGCAGAGCCUCGGGUUUGCUGUCCGGGAUCCGGAGGUCUCCGUAUGUGCGAAGAUCCGAGACAGAAUCAGCGCUGGACAGCAGCGAGACCCCCGGCGUCUCCAACAGCGUGAUAACCGACUUUACCAGCAGACAAACUCCAGUCCUUAAAAACAUGGCCAUUUGCGUAAAGGACAUUUCUCCCAACCUGCAGAGCUGCGAGUUGGUUCAGGACGGUUCGAGCACGUUUCGGUGCAAAGCAGAUGUGUUCCUCUCCCUCGAUUCACUGGACUGCUUCAGUUCCUGAACAGAACGCAUCUUUCUCCCUCCCCAACCCAAAGUUUCUUCCAUUUCAGGAGUAUUUACAGCCAAAGCAGUGAAGCACACUGUUGACAUUGAAUGUUUACUUGAUUUACACCAGGGAUGAUCAGUCCUGAUCACAGAGAUCUACUUAAUUUACAACCCCGCACUAAUUAUUUGACCGACGCGCUGCUAUAAAAAUAUUAACAAAUAAUUUUCGCUAUUGCCGAUACUUUCGUUCGAAAGCCGAUAAUAUAAAUCUACACUGUUUAACUUCCUUAAAACGGUUCACUAAAGCUCCGAUUUACAAUUUUACAUGCUUCGUGAAAUCACGCAUCGAAAUAUUAUAAUGUACGGUAGAACAUAUGGAUAACCAUUCAGUUGCUAGAUAUUUUGGAAACGGGACACAAAAAGUUUAGCUACUGUUUGAAUUUUAAAAUAUAUAUGUUUCCAGCCUAUAGCAUACCGACGCCGAUAUAUAAAAAAAACACGCAUAUUGGCAGAUACCGAUAAAAUUAACCCCAAUUCACGCAAGCGACGCAAUAAAGCUAAAACAAUCCAUUUCAAAUCAAUAAAGCUGUUAUCUAAAGUCCAAAUCGAGUCGAAUUCAAAGAGGCUCUGUCGCUUUCAUUGUAGACAUGUUUUAAAGACUUUAAAGGUGCUGUAAGUGAUUUUUUCAUGGAAAGGUAUGCAAAAAAUGUUCCUACUCCCUGAAAGAUAUUUAUGAAAUGAGUGUUGUUAGAUAUCUCACCGGUCUCUGUGACAGCUCUAGACUCUGUAAACCGCAAACAAAAAUGUGUCCGCGGACAAUGACGCUUUCUGCCUGUCAAUCAUUUUGCGCGUUCUCUUAGUGUUGUCAUUGCAGCGAAUUAUUGAGGCUUAAUGCCAUAUUCUGGUUUAUAAUUUGUCAGUCGAAGGCGUUAUUUCGCUACUGUUGUGUUUGACAAGAGUGGGAACAGGCUUUGUGUCGGUGUCAUUUUGGAAAGAGGGGGCGUGGCUAAAUCAGUCUGGUGAAGUUAGAACUUAAAAUCGCUCACUGCACCUUUAAUUAGUGGUUUCAGGUGUGCUUGAUAAGCUUAGACAUUUGAUUUAAAUUCGGUAGAAAAGUAGAUCUCCAUAAGCAGCACUGAGCACCCCUGGUUCACACAAUGUGAAGUCUGCUGCUU